CCUUCUCUUUCGCCCCAUCUCUCGUUCCCAUCUUCCCAUCCUCUCCGAGUUGUCUGCUCCUCUUCCUCAGGCGGCGGCGGCGGCGGCUACUCGGCCGGCGGGUGGGGGAAGUCCCUCCCGGCGAUCCUCCAAGUCGCUGCUGCCUGCACAGUCGAGCUCAAAUGGCAAAAGAACAGGAUGGAUCCUCCAAGCUCCGCCACCCAGAAUUCCAAAGGAUGCGUGUAACUCUCACCAUAGGCGUCAUAGGCCUCUGUGUUACAUCAUACAUUCUUGGUGCUUGGCAAGGCACCUCCAACAGCAUCAAGCCAUCCUUCAUAAGCACCAAAACCCGAUGUCAUGAUCUGGCACGAUCCUCUGGUGCUCGCCUGGAUUUCCAAGCCCACCACCAGGUCGUCUUCAACGAAUCGUCGCUUGUGCUGGAAAAAUUCCCAUCUUGCCAGCUCAAGUACAGCGAGUAUACCCCUUGCCAGGACCCGAGGAGGGCAAGGAAGUUCCCGAAGAAAAUGAUGCAGUACAGGGAGAGGCACUGCCCUAAGAAAGAGGACCUGCUCCGGUGCUUGAUUCCUGCACCUCAAGGCUAUAAGAAUCCCUUCGAGUGGCCGAAAAGUCGGGACUAUGCUUGGUACAAUAACAUUCCUCAUCGGGAGCUCAGUAUCGAGAAGGCAGUUCAGAAUUGGAUUCAAGUUGAGGGAGACCUGCUUAGAUUCCCUGGAGGUGGCACCAUGUUCCCACAUGGUGCCGAUGCUUAUAUUGAUGACAUAAAUGCUCUUAUACCAUUAAAUGAUGGCAACAUCCGAACUGCACUUGAUACUGGAUGUGGGGUUGCAAGUUGGGGUGCCUAUCUUAUGAAGAGGAACAUCAUCACCAUGUCAUUUGCACCAAGGGAUUCACAUGAGGCACAGGUGCAGUUUGCAUUGGAGCGUGGGGUACCAUCCAUGAUUGGAGUGAUGGGGACUGAAAGAAUCCCAUAUCCUGCUAGAGCAUUUGACAUGGCGCACUGCUCUAGAUGUUUGAUCCCAUGGAAUAAGCUUGACGGUGUCUAUCUAAUUGAAGUAGACAGAGUUCUUAGACCAGGGGGCUACUGGAUCCUCUCUGGGCCUCCAAUCCAUUGGAAGAGACACUUUAAGGGGUGGGAGAGGACAGAAGAAGACCUGAAGCAAGAGCAAGAUGAGAUCGAGGACUUAGCGAAACGUCUCUGCUGGAAGAAGGUUGUAGAGAAAGGUGAUCUUUCUAUAUGGCAGAAACCUACCAACCAUAUUGAAUGUGUUGAUAGUAGGAAGGUCUAUGACACUCCAAAGAUUUGUAAGGGCAAUGAUGUGGAUUCUGCUUGGUACAAGAAGAUGGAAACUUGCAUAUCUCCUCUUCCAGAUGUGAAGAGUGAAGAUGAAGUUGCUGGUGGAGCUCUUGAGCAAUGGCCGAAAAGAGCAUCUGCUGUUCCUCCAAGAAUAUCUCGAGGUACAGUUCCAGGCCUCACUCCUGAGAAGUUCCAAGAGGAUAGCAAGUUGUGGUCAGAGAGAGUGGAUCACUACAAGAAAUUGAUUCCACCACUGGGCAAAAGGCGAUACAGGAAUGUGAUGGACAUGAAUGCAGGGAUGGGGGGUUUUGCAGCUGCAUUGAUGAAGUACCCACUAUGGGUGAUGAAUGUCGUGCCUUCAGGUUCUCCUCGUGAUACCCUCGGUGUUAUUUACGAGCGAGGGUUUAUUGGCACGUACCAGGACUGGUGUGAGGCUUUCUCAACGUACCCUAGGACAUAUGACCUCAUCCACGCUGAUAACGUUUUCAGCAGUUAUCAGGAUAGGUGUGACAUAACAUACAUCCUCCUGGAGAUGGACCGAAUUCUAAGGCCUGAAGGGACUGUGAUCAUCAGGGACACAGUUGAGGUGCUGGGGAAGGUACAAGCUAUUGCCGAAGGCAUGAGGUGGAAGAGCCAAAUCAUGGAUCAUGAAUCCGGUCCGUUCAACCCCGAGAAGAUCCUUGUGGCAGUCAAGACUUACUGGACUGGAAAGCCCGCUCAAAAGCAAUAACUCCAGGCUUGGUACUUCUUUAUCAGCAAAAUUUUUGACAUGACUUGCCUGCACCGCCAUCACGCUUUCGGUUCAGUCUUGGUUGCCGAUUUUCUCCUAGUUUCAGGGUAUCUGUAUAUAGAAGGCAAUGUGAGGUAUGUAGUUGGGAUAGGUGCCGAACAUCUUCAUUAGCUGCGUUGAGUGUUUGUAACACUUUGCAAUGGUGUAUAAGAUGAUGUUUACUCAUAUUUUGAUGUGCUAUUGCAUCAAAUAAGCCAAUGCUGAUGUGACAAAAGGAGAUUGUAACUGACAA